AUGGAUCGUGCUGCGAGUUCCACGAUGCAGCGUGUGCCGCUGCACGAGCUAAGUACAGAAGAGAUUGCAGAGAGGUCGAGUGCCGAUAUAGUCGAUGCCGUAUGUGCGCGCCUGGAUGCCAUGGCCAUGAAAAAGACACGGUCGUCGACACGCACCACGCCACGCCGACCCACGCCACGGACGGAGCUCGACACCGGGUCGUCGGCCGCUCAGCCACAUCCGUCGAGACGAAGAGAGCCAGAAGCCUCGGCCUUUGUCGUUUUGGAGGACCCUGCGAGUACGCCGCCUCGAAGCCGGCCUGCCAAUACGCGCUCGCAUGCGAUGCAGACGCGUGCGAUGGCCGCGAUGAUGACGCAUGAUGAUAAGGAAAAUCGCAGGCAUGGCUAA